AUGCAGGUCUACACGGAGCUUGUGGCGCCCUCGGCCGUCACCCAUUCCCUGAGCCUGUCCUUGACCUCGUCCACCGCCAGCAACCUCGUCGUCGCAAAGGGCUCCCUCGUCCAGAUCUUCGAGACACGCACCAUUGCCGCCGAGCUCGACCCGCAGUACCAGCCCGAGCAGCAGCCGCCCGCUAAGGCCGAGUCCGAUUUUGACAUUCGCGGCAACGAUGACGACGGCCUCGAGUCGUCGUUCCUCGGCGGCGGCGAGACCCUGAUGCUGCGCGACCGCACCCACAACACCAAGCUCGUCCUCAUCGCCGAGGUUCCCGUCGCCGGCACCGUCAUCGGACUCACCCGCCUCCGACUGCAGAACACCGCCUCGGGCGGCGAGGCGCUCCUGCUGGCCUACCGCGGCGCCAAGAUGUGCCUGACCGAAUGGAACCCGCAAAAGGCCGCCCUCGACACCGUCUCGAUACACUACUACGAAAAGGACGAGCUGCAGGGAGCGCCGUGGGAACUACCCUUUGGCGAGUACGUCAACUAUCUCGAGGCGGACCCUGCUAGUCGAUGCGCGGCCUUCAAGUUUGGCAGCCGCAACUUGGCCAUUCUGCCGUUUCGCCAGGCGGAGGAGGAUCUCGAGAUGGAAGACUGGGAUGAAGCGCUCGAUGGACCCAGGCCUGCCAAGGAAGCAGCCCUUGCGACCAAUGGAGAUGCUCAUGGGGCGGAAUCACAGCAUUCGCCAUCUUUUGUACUGCGCCUCCCGCUCCUCGACCCGACACUUUUACAUCCAGUCCACCUCGCGUUCCUUCAUCAAUAUCGAGAGCCAACGUUUGGUAUCCUUUCUUCUGCACAAUCUACGUCGAUUGCUCUAGGGUUUAGAGACCACAUGACCUACAAGGUCUUUACCCUGGACAUGAAACAGCGUGCUUCCACUACCAUUCUAUCAGUCACAGGACUACCCCAAGACCUCCAACGCGUCAUUCCGCUGCCUACACCUGUUGGCGGUGCGCUUCUCGUCGGUGAGAACGAGCUCAUCCACAUCGACCAAUCUGGUAAAGCCAAUGGCGUUGCGGUGAACUCGAUGGCCCGACAAAUGACAUCAUUCAGUCUUAGCGACCAAUCCGAGCUCAACUAUCGUCUGGAAGGAUGCGCAAUCGAACCCAUUUCUAUGGAGACUGGGGAGCUCUUGUUGAUUCUUAACAAUGCCACCUUGGUGAUUAUCUCUUUCAAGAUUGAUGGACGCACGGUGUCUGGAAUCAGUCUGGCUCCCGUCUCGAAAGAGAAUGGUGGAAACAUUCUCAAGAGUCGCGUGUCCUGCAUUACUCGAAUCGGCAAGACCUCCAUGUUUGUUGGAAGCGAGUCUGGUGACUCUGUUGUUCUUGGGUGGUCCAGGAAGCAAAAUCAAGAGAAACGCAAAAAGUCGAGAGCUCUGGAUGCAGACCUAGCGCUUGAUGUUGAGGAUAUUGAUCUCGAUGAUGACUUUGACGAAGAUGAUGACUUAUAUGGCACGGAAUCGGCUGCUGCAAAACCAUUUCAAGCUGCCAACGGAGCAACCAAAAGCGGCGAGCUCAUUUUUCGCUUACAAGAUUCUCUACUGUGCCUGGCACCAAUCCACGACGUUGCGCCUGGUAAAGCGGUGUUCCCACCGGACAGCGAAGAGGCUGUUUUACGAGACGGCGUCACGUCAGAGCUGCAACUUGCUUGUGCUGUCGGCCGAGGCAAGGCUGGUGCCAUUGCUAUUUUGAACCGUGAGAUCCAGCCCAAGAUUAUUGGAAGAUUCGAGUUUCCGGAAGCUCGGGGCUUCUGGACCAUGUGUGUCAAGAAACCGGCACCGAAAGCGCUCGGCUCCAAUGCCGUCAUCAGCAGCGAGUACGACAGCACUGCGCAGUUUGACCGGUUCAUGAUUGUUGCCAAGGUCGAUCUGGACGGCUACGAAACAUCAGAUGUCUACGCCCUGACAGAGGCUGGCUUCGAAAGCUUGAAAGAUACAGAAUUCGAGCCCGCGGCAGGCUUUACAGUCAUGGCGGGCACCAUGGGAAAGCAAAUGAGAAUUGUUCAAGUAUUGAAAUCAGAGGUCCGAUGCUACGACGGAGAUCUUGGCUUGAGUCAAAUUUUGCCCAUGAUGGAUGAAGAUACAGGAGCUGAGCCAAGGGUGGUCAGUGCAAGCAUCGUUGACCCGUAUUUGAUGAUCAUCCGGGACGACAGCAGCGUCUUCCUUGCCAAAAUUGGUAGCAACGAUGAGUUGGAAGAAGUUGAGAAGAGUGGCCCCCUGACCUCGAUGAAAUGGCAGACGGGCUGCUUAUACGCCGAUCACGGCAGAUAUUUCCAACCAGGGCAGUCUGUGGAGGGAGAUGCUAGCCCCAAAGUCAUGAUGUUCCUGAUGAGCACAACCGGCGCCUUGCACAUGUACGACUUGGACAAUCUUUCAGAACCAGUAUAUGUUGCGGAGGGCCUUACCUCGACACCCCCUUUCCUGUCUGCAAACUUCACAGGCCGCAAGGCUGCUGCGAGAGAAACCCUGACAGAAAUUCUCGUUGCCGAUCUUGGCGACGUGGUAGCUAAAAGCCCAUACCUCAUUCUGCGUCACAACACCAAUGACCUUACUCUGUACGAACCUGUGCGAUACCAAGAACCAAACAGCAGCUCGCCGCCCCUAUCGGACACAUUAUUCUUUAAGAAAUCGACAAACUCUACUAUAGCAAAGAGUGUACCGGCAUCGGACAAGGAAGAAGACGAAACACAGCAAACGCGCUUCGUUCCGCUCCAACCGUGCGGCAACGUCGGCGGCUACAGCACGGUGUUCUUGUCUGGCGAUUCGCCCAGCUUUGUUCUGAAAUCAGCAAAGAGCAUACCCCGCAUCGUCGGUCUCCAAGGUCAAGGCGUGCAAGGCAUGAGCACUUUCCAUACGGAAGGUUGCGAUCGAGGCUUCAUAUAUGCCGACAAAAAGGGCAUUGCUCGAGUCAGCCAAUUGCCCACGGAUACAAACUAUGCCGAGCUGGGUAUAUCAGUUAAGAAGAUUCCGCUCGACUGCGAUGUCAACAGGGUCUCUUUCCACUCGCACACAGCAACAUAUAUCGCUGCGUGCUCAACGCGGGAGCCGUUUGAGCUACCCAAAGACGACGACUACCACAAAGAAUGGGCCAAAGAGAAUGUGGCCUUUGCACCGACUAUGCCGCGAGGCAUUCUGAAGCUCAUCAGUCCUGCGGCGUGGACGGUCAUUCACAGCUUGGAUCUCGAGUCCUGCGAGACAAUCGAGAGCAUGAUGGCACUUCACCUGGAAAUCUCCGAGGAGACCAAAGAGCGACGCAUGGUCGUCGCUGUUGGCAGUGCGAUUUGCAAGGGCGAGGACUUGCCCACGCGCGGCCGCGUCCAAGUGUUUGACAUUGUCACCGUCAUCCCCGAACCCGGGCGCCCAGAGACGAACAAGAAGCUGAAGCUCCAGGCCAAGGAAGAGCUGCCGCGUGGCGGCGUCACCUCGCUGUCGGAGAUUGGCACCUCGGGCCUGCUGCUCAUUGCGCAAGGCCAAAAGUGCAUGGUGCGUGGUCUGCGCGAGGAUGGCGGUCUGCUGCCUGUGGCUUUCUUGGACAUGAAUUGUCACAUUCUGAGCGUCCGGGAGCUGCGCGGCACGGGCCUGUGCCUCAUGGCCGAUGUUCUGAAGGGCAUGUGGUUUGCAGGCUACACGGAGGAGCCGUACACGUUCAAGGUGCUCGGUAAGAGCGGCGGCCAGAUUCCGAUGCUGGUGGCAGACUUCUUGCCGGAUGGCGAGGAUCUGUCCAUGGUUGGUGUAGAUGCAGAUGGAGACUUGCACGUCUUUGAGUUCAACCCUGAUCAUCCCAAAUCCCUCCAGGGUCAUCUGCUGCUGCACCGCACCACAUUCUCGCUGUCCCCCAACGAGCCCACAACGACGGUCCUGCUCGAGCGCACCAUUCCCGCCUCGCAGCCGCAGCCGCAGGGCGACACCGGGGCCGACACGCCGCACACGCUGCUGCUGAGCUGCCCGACCGGCCAGCUGGCGGCGCUCACGCCGCUCAGCGAGUCGGCCUAUCGCCGGCUGCUGUCGCUGACCAACCAGCUGCUGCCGGCGGUGGUGCCGCACGGCGGGCUGCAUCCCAAGGCGCACCGCCUGCCCGAGGGCCGCGGCGCGCCGAGCCACUCGCGCGCGGUGGGCGUCGAGACCGCGGCGUCGGGCCGCAUGAUUGUCGACGGCGCGGUGCUGGCGCGCUGGACGGAGCUGGGCGCGGCAAAGAGGGCCGAGAUGGCGACCAAGAGCGGCUACGACGACAUGCAGGAGAUGAGGGACGAGCUGGAGGGUGUGCUGGGGUGGUCAGGCAUGGCGUAUUUUUGA